UUUGGUUAGUUUGUUAGAGUUGAGGUUUUGAGAAUGAAGUCGGUGCCCACAGAAUGCCUUGAUGCUAGGUGUGCCAUACAUUUCUUGCGCCUGCCAAAACGAACCUCCUCUGGGCUCUGGCAGAAAGUCAGCCAACCAACAUUUUAUGCAGCCCGCACAGCAUCUUCCCUCAACACCGAGCAGCGACGAAGACUUCAAGGUUGACUUAUUGGCGAUAUCUCCGCAAUUGAGAGACAAAACUCAACCUGGCCUUACUCGCAGACGACCGCGCGAUCCUCGAAAGUUCGGAUUCAGUGUCACACCCGCCAAACGUUGACUUCCGUGCCAGGACCUCGCCAGCAUCUCAAUUGGCAAUUUACAUUGGCGGCACAUUACCGAAGUCAUGUCACCAAACUUAGAAGCGACCCCCAAAAACUCAGCAGCAGCGGAGAGCCCUUCUUUGGAGCAAGCCAUCCACAUUGAUCCUGACGGUGAUCUUCUCCUCUGCGUCGGCUCAGAGCUCGGUACCCCCUUGAAUAUUAGGGUCUGUUCCGCAACCAUGCGUCGAGCCUCUCCGGUCUGGAAGAGCAUGUUGUUCGGCCCGUGGAAUGAGUCCAAGCCGGCACACGGUGACUGGGUCGUCUCACUCCCAGAAGAUAAAACAUGGGCUACGCGAAUCCUACUCUCCAUCGUCCAUGGAAACUUUGGUGAUUUUCCCAAGGAAGUGGAGAUUGUCCAGCUCUACGACAUCGCGAUGCUUGCCGACAGGUAUGCUCUGCUCCGCGUGCUUUGGCCCUGGGUCGACCAAUGGCUAGAGUCGGCCAGAAUUAAGGAGCAGAUGACGGGCCAGGAGCGACUGAUGAGAGUUCACGCAGCAUGGCAGCUUGGAGAUGAUGAACUCCUCGCCGCCAGUAUACGGGACCUUAUCUGCGGCAUGGCUGUUGGCUCUACGGAUGAAGGCCGCACCAGGGUCUAGUACGAAGGCGGCGACGCCCUCACGUUCGAGGAACAUGAGGGACCUCCUGACUUGUCGGAGAUUGUGACGGUUCUCCGUCUGUCCUGGUCCAAGAUAUCCUCGACUUCUUCA